CCCCCGCAGCCCGCCACGUACCUCACGUAGAGCCCGACCCAGGCGCUCAGCCGCGACCUGGCGCCGGGGCUCCGGCUCCUCCGGCGGGGCUCGGCAUGAGGCUGGUGCGGCUGCUGCGCGGAGCCGCCUCGGCCGGCCCGGGCCCGGGGCUGCGCGCCGCCGGCCCCCACUCCAGCCGCAGCCUCACCUCGGACUCGGGCUCCGGGCCGGCGCCCGAACGCGGCGUUCCGGGCCAGGUGGACUUCUACGCGCGCUUCUCGCCGUCCCCGCUCUCCAUGAAGCAGUUCCUGGACUUCGGAUCGGUGAAUGCUUGUGAAAAGACCUCAUUUUUGUUUCUGCGGCAAGAGUUGCCUGUUAGAUUGGCAAAUAUAAUGAAAGAAAUAAGUCUCCUCCCAGAUAAUCUGCUCAGGACACCAUCCGUUCAGUUGGUACAAAGCUGGUAUAUCCAGAGUCUUCAGGAGCUUCUUGAUUUUAAGGACAAAAGUGCUGAGGAUGCUAAAGCAGUUUAUGACUUUACAGAUACCGUGAUACGGAUCAGGAACCGACACAAUGAUGUCAUUCCCACAAUGGCUCAGGGUGUGAUUGAAUACAAGGAGAACUUCGGGGUGGAUCCCGUCACCAGCCAGAAUGUUCAGUACUUUUUGGAUCGAUUCUACAUGAGUCGCAUUUCAAUUAGAAUGUUACUCAAUCAGCACUCUUUAUUAUUUGGUGGAAAAGGCAAAGGAAGUCCCUCUCAUCAAAAACACAUUGGAAGCAUAAAUCCAAACUGCAAUGUAAUUGAAGUUAUUAAAGAUGGCUAUGAAAAUGCUAGGCGUCUUUGUGAUUUGUAUUAUAUUAACUCUCCUGAACUAGAACUUGGAGAACUAAAUGCAAAAUCACCAGGACAGCCAAUACAAGUGGUUUAUGUACCAUCCCAUCUCUAUCACAUGGUGUUUGAACUUUUCAAGAAUGCAAUGAGAGCGACUAUGGAACACCAUGCCGACAGAGGUGUUUACCCCGCUAUUCAAGUUCACGUCACACUGGGUAACGAGGAUUUGACUGUGAAAAUGAGUGACCGAGGAGGUGGUGUACCUUUGAGGAAAAUUGACAGACUCUUCAACUACAUGUAUUCAACUGCACCCCGGCCUCGUGUUGAGACGUCUCGCGCGGUGCCCCUGGCUGGUUUUGGUUAUGGAUUGCCCAUAUCACGUCUUUAUGCGCAAUACUUCCAAGGUGACCUAAAGCUAUAUUCCCUAGAGGGUUAUGGGACAGAUGCAGUUAUCUACAUUAAGGCUCUGUCAACAGAAUCAAUAGAAAGACUCCCGGUGUAUAACAAAGCCGCCUGGAAGCAUUACAACACCAACCAUGAGGCUGACGACUGGUGUGUCCCCAGCAGAGAACCAAAAGACAUGACAACAUUCCGCAGUGCCUAGACACACGUGGGACAUCUGGGAAAUCCAAAUGUGGCUUUCGUAUUAAAUUUGGAAGGGAUGAUGUUCAGAACUACAUUAUACCAAAUACUUCAUGUGUCAUUUUCACAAUUAACUAUGUGGGUAGACUAAAUGGAAACUGAAUUCCAUUUGUGCCUGUUAAACCUCCCGAACUAAAAGAUGAAAUUGUACCUAUUUUACACUUAUAUUUUCACAGUUAAUUGAACAUAUUUUUAAACUAUUGUAGCUUUGGUCAAUAGUUUUGGUCAAAAGCUUUCCUCUUUAUGGUAGACUUCAGAAGUGUGGAAGUCUUUGGAUUUCUACAAAAAACUGUUUAGUUUUUUUAAGAAAUACUUUUCACCUAUGUCUGCUGGAAACGUUUUUCUAAAUAAUGCGGAUUAGCUGGUUAGCUAUCUUUUUGUUAUUUGGAGGAAUUCUGCCAUCCUUUAUGUGGCAGUGACAGCUGUAACAGGGUGGUCUUCGUGUGUACCAGAGCUUCAUUUACCAGACUACCAAGAAAGCAGAAAACGGUUGCCCUGUAGCAUAGAACCAGCCACCUCUACAUGCAUUGUCUUAGCUCUUAAUUUAUCAUUCUAAAAUUUUAUUGUAAAGGAAUGUGAUCUAUAGCUCCCUAUGGAUCUAAGCCAAGAUCACAGGCAGUCUAUUUUGAGUGUGUUUGUGAUUAAGGCAAGGGGAAAUUUUUAUACUAAAGACAAGCAAACAAACUAGCAGCUACUAAAAUAGAGAAAAAAUUGGGGGCAAAGCAGUGAGUUCCAAAAACUGAACUUAAUUGAUUACUGAGAUUACCUGGGGAACUUCUGAAAAAGUACUUUUUCUGGGUCCUACUCCAGACACACUGAAUCAGAAUCUCUAGGGACAGAGCCCAGGAAUCUCAAUUUUUAAAACACUUCCUAGGUGAGUCUAAAACCUAGCCUAGUUAGGGAACCACACUCUUUUAACGUGAAUAGUCUGACAUAACAUUUGCUAGAGUAACAGCGAUCUUUAGGUUUCAAUGUCCACCUAUUUAAAGGUCAUAUUUCUAGACUGUAGGAGAAACAAACUGAAUCUCGGGCCUGGUGCAAUUAGCAGAACGAAGUGACUACAGGCAGCCAAGGGGUCAGAAUCAUAAGUACACAAGUCUUGACAAAGAACAUAUGUCUCCUAAAAAUAUCCAGAUCUUAUUAUCAGGGGCAAGUCAGCUUAGGUUUAUCACAGCAAUCCUUUGCAUUCACAUGAUUUGUAGUUUCCAAAUACUUGGACCUAUUACAACUCUAUUGGUCUUCAAAACAAAGCGAUACAGAGUGGGUGGUAUCAUCCGUUUUUCACUGAGAAUGUGGCUCAGAAUUGGAGCCAGAGCCUAAGCUCUAUCUGCGGAUCACAUCAUCAGCUGGCACGUCUGGGAGACUAUGAAGUUUAGAGACUAUGUUUUUAGUCACACCUCAGGUGACAGGGAAAUACAUUGGAAAUAAACUUUAAGUAAAAAUGCAAAUGUUUGAAGAACAGCUUCGCCACUUAAAUGGGGGAGUUUUAUUUCUCUGGAAAAUACAUUGAGUUGAAACACCUCAUUCUUGAAAGGAUUCUGUGAGAUUAACAAUGCCAUAUAAGUUUAUAGAUCGGAAGAGGUGUGAAGGGGCAGUUAGUGCAGUCUCUCAUGUACAAGGUGAGGGUCCUGAGCCUCAGAGGACGUGUUGUCUGCUCAGGGCUUCUUGGCUAAUGAGACCAAGUGUUGGAACAAAGAUCUUACCUAACCUGCUGUUCCUUAAUGAUGGAUUUUGUGAAAAACAAUAGACUAUGUUAAUGGGUGAUUUAUAUUAGUUCAGUGUGUGAUAAUUUUUUAGCUUUACAUUAUACUUGCAAUGAUGAAAUAUUUUAGGAUCCUUUGAAUCCAAAUGUCCACUCUUUUCUAAGUGAGACAUUUGUCCAACUAACAUAAACUCGAUGUUUUUACUUAUGAAAUAUUCUUCCCCCCUGAAGAAAAUUAAAGCUUUUCCCUCUUUAUUUAAGAGCAAAGAAAUGGUGUUUUAAAGGAAAAGUGAAAUUAUUUUCCUUUAGCUUUCUUUUUAAGGUGUAACAGCUUUGUAGUCUUAUUGUGGUAAUGGAUGGAAAAUUACAUAUAAAAGUAUUCUGGGAGACCUUUCUCCUAGUUGGUUUUAAAUCACGGUGCUAUCUGAAAGGUUUUCAGAUUUUACAUGAGCUAUUUUGUCCACCAGCAUUAAUGUGAUGCAGUGUAAUUGUGAAAAUAUAUUGAAGGACAUAAGUGGAUACUAAGUGAUUUUUAUAACCUGGGCAGUUAAUGAAUGUGCCAAUGUUUUUUAGGAAGGGACAGCAAAAAUAUUCUGCCCUAUACUUAAAAUACUGGCUGGAUUUUGAUGUCUUCAUACUUAAUAGUGAUCACUUUCUUGCACUGUGAAGUUUUUACAUGAAGAUGUUGAAGUCUACCAUGUUAUUUUAUAAAAUGUUUUCUGUAUGGCAAUAAACUGAAAACAUGGAUCAAUUCUUAACGUUGAAAAUAAA